AACAGAGACAGCCUUGCCAGGGUCGCGAUCCGACUUGUUCAAGUUUUCGCAACACCUGCCUCGUCGCCGCCAACAUGGCAGCUAUAUCAGGUCUAGAUAUGUCGAUGCUGACAUAUGCCGCUCGAUUGGCCACCUUCAAUACCGAGCACCAACUCACAAAACGACGCGCCUCGAGUCAAAAGAAGAAACAAGCCUCGAUCGUAUCGUGGCCACACGAGUCGCCUUCUGGUGAAGAACUCGCCCGCGCCGGCUUCUUCUUCAAACCCGCACCCGAUAGCGACGACAAUGCACAAUGUUUCCACUGCGCCGUAAAACUUGACGGAUGGGAGAGCCAGGAUGUCCCCCUCCAAGAGCAUCUGGCCCAUUCAGCACAUUGUUCCUACGCUCUCAGUUUGUCCGUUUCCGACAAGGCCGAAGAACGCGACCCCAUGAGCCCCGAACUGGUUGAUGCCCGUACAAGCACCUUUGGCGACAUGUGGCCGCACGAGCACAAGAAAGGAUGGAAGCCCAAGGUCAAACAGAUGGUCGAAGCUGGCUGGGCAUACGACCCUUCACCAGCAGACGAGGAUGGAGCCACCUGCUUCUACUGCAACAUGUCGCUGGACGGCUGGGAGCCUAAGGAUAGCCCGCUUGAGGAACAUCGCCGGAGAGAGCCCAACUGCCUCUUCUUUGCCCUGAUGGACCGUUACAAGUCUUCAAGACGCAAAGGUGGGCGUGGUCGCGCUUCUACUGCCUCAAAGGCCUCCCGCUUGUCCACUCAAUCCGUGCAAUCUACCUUCUCCGAGGCUCCCUCACUAAUGUCCUUGGGUGACGCAGGUCCCAAUCUUGACGUCGAAGACAGCAUCGCCGUGGAUACCACCAUCACGUCUGACGCUGGGAAGGGCCGCAAGAAGACUACCAAAGGAAAGAAAAAGACGAGCCGCCAGGCGUCCGCCGAGCCCUCGAUUAGUUAUCCUGCCUUACAAGACGCCUCGACUGCUCAAGACGAAGACAACAUAUACGCCGUUCCUGUCGACGAUGACCCAAUGCCUAUUGAAGAACCACCGAAACCCAAGCGCGGUCGCAAACCGAAGAACACUCAGGAUUCCACAAUCAUCGACGAUUCUGUAGCGGAACCUGCUGCAAAGCCCACGAGGGGUCGCAAAAAAAUCAGAGAACCUACUCCACCGGUUGAGGCUAGUCUGGACGAGAGUCAAUUGCAGUCCGAAUUGCAAGAAGCGGCAGAAGAAGCGGCAGCUCCACAAAGCCCUCCCGCCAGAUCUGGAAGGGGCUUCAAGAGGACCAGUGAUGGAGUGGAGAAACAUUCUGUCAUCGAAGAUGCGACCAUUGAUGAAGCCGCCACCAAGCCUAAGAAAGCCGCGAAGGCUUCAAAGGCCAAAAAGGGCAAGAAGGCCACCAAAGAUACGGAGGAAGUCGAUGACUCUGUAGCCAUCACUCAGCCAGAGGACAAGCCGAAACGAACACGGUCUAAGAAGACCAAGAAGGUCGAACCGGAACCGGAACCGGAACCAGAGGUUGAGCUCGAGCUUGAGGAAAUAGUAGAGCCGGAAGUUGAGGCACAACCAGAACCUCUACAUGCCGCCGAGCCCUUGCAAGAGGCCGAGCCUGAACGAGAAGCAUUUGAGAGGAAUUUCGAAAUCGCCGAUAGCGACGCCGGAGUCGAUAACGGUGCACAAGAAGAAGUUCAGGAGGAAUCAGAAGAGCAGUACAUCGACCAGGAGAACAUUGGCGCAGACGUCGAAGCAGACGUUGACAUGGAUCAAGAGAAUGGCCAAGGCGAAAAUGCAUUGGACGCAGAAUUCGACAAUCUCGAAAACGUGGAGGUUGGUGAAGACAUGACAGAGGACGUGGUGGAUAACGAGAUCGAAGUCGAAGAAGAAGAAGAACAAGUCGUUUCUACCGCAACAACACCUGCCGCCGAAGAGUUCGAACCCUCGCCGACACCCGAGGCCAAGCGUCAUUCCGCCGCAUCUCUCUCAUCUGUACGAAGGUCCGUCGUGCAAUAUCCGCAUCCAGAGGAAGCUGCACAAUCGGAGCACUCAACACCACGUAGUGCAAGGAGUCCACAACAAUCAGAUGAUGAGAACCAACCGCCAUCAUCGUCAACACACGCUCCACCGACCGCCCAGAAGAUUGACAUGGCAGCUCCUGCGUUGGGUGCCUCAAACUCCGCUAUACAACCCAGGGAGAUAUUCGCAAGCCCGACUAAGACCACGCAAGUCCCCCUUGCCGCAUCCACACCUAACCGCUCUCCUACCAGGCGAUCGCCGUCCAAAUUUGGUAGACUUACUUCAUCGACCCCUUGGGUGCCCGUAGAUCUCGAGUCGGUCUUCUUCCCUGACUCCGAGAACGAGAAUGGAGACGCAGAUGAUGUGUUCAACAAGUUACUUGAAGUUGGCGGAGCACUCACUUCACCAGAGAAGAAGAUGACGGUGGAAGAAUGGAUUCGUUCUCGCGCAGAAUUAGGCGAGAGCAAGCUCAAGAACGAGUGUGAACGUAUGGUCAUGCUGUUUGAGAAGGAGGGUAACAGAGGUCUGGCGGCCUUGAAUGGCAUCCAGACAUCGUCAUGAUUAAUCAGACGAGUAACGAAUUUCGUAUCUCUAUAGGCAGGGGUGGCAAGGUUAUCGGUAUGGUUCGGUUAUGGAUCGAUUCUCUUCAGGCUUUUUCAGAUACAUCCCUUGAAGGCGUUCUUCAUAUUGAAAGUGUAAUUUUUCCGGUUUCCAAGUCUGUCAGUCUUUUGGACUCCUUCUGCCUCGGUUUGUGAUGUAAAGUUGUCGGCGAC